UCGAAAGGAGAGGUUCUCAGCUUAAGAAAAAGGAUAUUACCCAAAAAGGACUGACAAAUAAAAGUGAAACUUUAAAGCCAACACACAGACGCACUCGUUGCAUAUAGUUUGUGCGAGUGUGGGUGACUGCUUGUGAGUGUGUGAGCGUGUGAGCCUGAGUGUUGUUGGCCAAGUGGAUUUCUAUUUUUGCCUCAUUGAAGGCAAGACUGUGAAGUGCAGUGGUGUUAUAUACAACUCGAGACGACUUUGCCAGAAAUCUUGAUAGCAGAAAACCAAACGAAAUUCUGGCAAUUGCAUUCUGAUCCUUGUGGACAUGUGGAGCAGGCAGCGUAUGCGCCAUAAGCCGCUUUGGGCCCUAAUAUCCUUGACCGUUUUGCUGCUGGUCCUGGACAAAAGCAAUGCCAACACGGAGCCCGUUGAGACCAGCACCACAUCCGAGCCAGAUGCCUCGCCGGGCUGUCGGGCGCCGGAUGUGCGCUUCACGAUUGUCAAGCCGGAAGCGACGACGGAGCAGCCGCUGGCCAAAUUCGAGACCACGCAGGUCUACCUGCCGGAGGACUUCACCACGGCGGAUGUGGAGUUCGUGGAGUCGGUGCCGCGACAUCCCAACGAGAACCAUGCGGCCGUAAUCAAUCCGUAUUCGCUUGACUUGGGCGACGACCAUCUGCAUGUGGGCGAUGCGGCCGCCAGUCUGGUGGGCGACGAUGAACUGGGUGACGAGGAUGAGGAUCCGCAUGGUGACCCGGAGGACAAACGCCUGAAUGCCAAUCGCAAGCAGGGCAAACGGCGACGCGCCGGUUCUGGCCGUCGGCGGCGAAUCGAGAACGAAAAUGGACAGACGGGCAGGGGGCGUGGCAGUCGGUACAAGCGCCAUGCCAUCCUCCACGAUACGGAGGCCUCGGCGGAUACGGAUCGCUGGGCGGGCAGCAAGUUGGCCGCCGAGGGCGAUGUCUACUAUGUGCACAUUGCCGACAUCCUGAAGAGUCGUGAGCCGAAUCGGGAACUCAAAUCGAAACUUCAUAAGCUCAAGAUGAAGGCCAGGCUAAACAAGUGUCUGGCGGAGGGAGGCAAGGAAAAGUGCACUAAGCUCACCAAGAAGAAGCCCAAAAAGAAGGUUGCCGGCCAGGAUGUGCAAUCCCUGAAGAAGGACAUAAAAGCCCUUGAAGAGAAGCAGACCCUAAGCAAUAAGAAAGCAAUCGAAGAGGAGGAGCAGCCAGAAGUUGGACAACCAGAGGCCACCGGACAUCACCGCCGACGCGGGGACAGUCACGCUGCUGAGCUCGACCAGCGUGACCGGAGCCCGCGUUGGCGUCGCCGGCGCAGCACCGAAUCCAAGGGCGAUCUCGGCCAGCUGCCACCGGAAGGGGAAGGGGAAGCGGAACCCAAACCGGAAGCUGAAGCGGAACUGGACCAACAGUAUGGAAAUCAGUCGAGCAGUGCACGAGUGGCCCUGUUGUGGCAACGUGUUAAGCGCAAGUCCGGCAAGACCACGGGUGCACUGAGCCGUCCGAAGGGUGGUGGCGACUCCAGCUCCAAGACCACCAGUCGCAAGGACAAGGGUAUCUACGACGAGGAGGCCGGCUACACGCCCGUCCAUCCGGACGAUCCCGAGUUCGACGAGGAGGAAGAGGAGGACGAGGAGGUCGACAUCCUGCAGCAGUUCACCGAGGUGUCUGAGAUCCGGUUUCCGGGCGAGAUCGGUCCCAUGGGCGGUCGACGGCUAUGCAAGAUCCGCUGUGUCAAGGGCAAGUGGGUGGGUCCGUUGUGCGCCACCAACGAGGAGGACGAUAAUGGCAACGUGAAGUUUCAGCCGCUGUACAAGAGCUGCCACGUGAACCGGAUACCGUCGCACCUGCUGCUCAGCUACCGCAACAUUUCAGUGACACCGAUCCCACCAAAUCGCGGCUGGCGUAAAACGCGCCUAUCCAAAUCGACACUUCUCUCAAAUACAGAAAUUAAUGUGGGAUGGGAUCUGCCGCACGGACACUCGCUGCAGGCGCGCUGCCAGGAGCUGGGCAUCUACAAGCUCCUGGGGGAGUCACGGGUCCUCUGCUCCAACGGCCUGUGGGCACCGCGCAUGCCCAGCUGCGUCCCCACCACCGUGCUGACCAACUACUCCGAGGACAGCGCCCCCUCCAUCCGGAUCAAGGUCUACAACGGAUCGCACUCCUUCGAACCCUCCGGCGUGAUGGCCGUUCCGCCGCACAGCACCGUGCUUUUGGACUGCAUGUAUCCGAGGGUUAGGGGCACGCCCGAGUGGAGCUGGACCAGCUGGUACAUGCAGUAUUCCACAGGAUGGUCACCGGCCCAGGAGGAGAAGGCCGUACGCUACCGGCUGAGCAUCAAGAACAUCGAGAACAACGACUCCGGCACCUUCACCUGCACCUCGCCGCGCGGACUGACCAACAGCAUUGCCGUCGUGGUGGCCACUUCGACGUGUCCGCAGCUGACAGAGCCGCUGGCGCCGCUCAAGCUGCGCCUCGAGGGCAACAAGCUGGGCCAGCGGGCACUGUACGAGUGCCCCGAAGGCUUCCGGCUGGACGGGGCCUGGAAUGCCACCUGUCUGGCCUCCGGUAAUUGGUCAUCGCCGACGCCGACCUGCCAUGCCAUCCAGUGUCCGCGCCUGGAGCUGGACGAUCCGCACCUCAGCCUGAUCGAGCUGAACACCUCGGCAUGGGGGCGGGCGGUGUUCAAAUGCCAGUGGGGCUUCAAGCUGACCGGACCGGCACAGCUGGACUGUGAGCCGUCGGGCGUCUGGAGUGGCCCCGUUCCGCGUUGCAAAGUCAUUCAGUGCGUGAUGCCAGUGGCGCCGCUCAACGGGCGCAUAGGGGGCACCAGUUUGAGCCAGAGGCGCCUGACCGUGGGCGCCCUGGUCACGUUCAGCUGCAACGACGGACACAGCCUGGUGGGCGAGUCGAGCAUCAUCUGCACGGAGAAUGGACAGUGGUCGCACUCGCCGCCAUUUUGCAAAUCACAGUGCCCCUAUCCCGGCGAUCCGCCCAACGGUCUGAUAGCGCCGCUCAAGUUUAACUACGAUGCCGGAGACUAUUUGAGCGUCCAGUGCCGGCCCGGAUUUGUCCAGAGUUACGAGGGUCCGCCCGAACGGCCCAAAUGCCAGCCGGAUGGCCGGUGGUCCGGUCCGAUGCCCAAGUGCAAAAGCUACGAGGAGGUGUAACCUCCAGAAUCAGAACCAGAACCAGAACAGAAGACCGAAAGCCCGAAUGCCCGAAAGACAGAAAACCCGAAGCCAAGGAUUCGCCGCCAAGUCAGCAUUACGGAUCACACCCAUCCUGCAUACGUAUAUGAGCGGAUGCCGUAAUUCCGUAAUUCCGAAUACAGAUCGAACCCGAGUGAUAUUUAGAUUAACUUAGUGAGAGGUAUCAAAAUUAAUAGAUAUUUUAUCAGAUAGGUUCAAUUCAAAUCAUUAUCGUUUAGUGGCCCACGAAAUUUCCAAAGAAACUAUCUUCUGUCAAACGCUUUUAAAACUAUGUACUCUUAAUAGAUCGAUCAAGUUGAUCAGGCACACUCUAAAGCUAUUCGUUCUUCAAAUUGAAAUAAAAACUUUGCGCUUGCAUUUUAUUACGAAGAAUCCUUGUACUUAAAAUAACUAUUUAAUGAAAUAUAUAAUCAACAGCUGCGUACAGGUAUUUAUGUAUUACGUAUUCUGGUUGCAACUCAAAGUUAAAUAAAUGUAAAUGUUUAAACGAAAUACAAACACACAAACUUACCCACAGUGCGAGUAUAUAUAUAUAUAUAUGUAUACAGAUUAACAAUUCUAUUCCACCAUUUAAAAAAAUGUAUUACACUGACAGAAACAGAAAGAGGGGAUUGCAGCAGCAGUUGUUGGAUGAGUGUUGAUUAGUUAGGAGCUAAGAAAUGCCAAGCAAAGUAAAGCCACCGAAUUUGGGGGCUGUUGAAAGUCAUAUCCCUUAAAGAUUCCAAAUAGAGCAGAGGAGCAUAGUAUUGUAAGCAGCUGCAAUCUUUGUGUAAAGAAAAGACCGUUUUAAAAUAAAAUACGAAUAUUGUGUAAAAUGCAA